AUGCCAUUUUGGAAAUUCCAAGUUCUCGAAAUCGAACUUGUCGUGCACCUCGAUUUUCCAACGGAACAAAUCCGAACUUUGGCCUUCUUGUGGCCAACUACUGGUUACACUCAAUGUGACGAAACAUUACUACAACCGGAAACACGUGUAGAGAUCGAGGGUCGUCACCGACAUUCAGCUGGAAAUGGACAACGGAGAGUUGCUGAUAUGAAGUCUACAGUGGACGUUGACGAAGCGCAGGUCUUGAUUUCAGUAUGCAGGUUCUGUACUAGUUUGUUCCUAUAUAUUCUUGCCACAGCGCCACCAAUAUGGCUUCAUGAAACGAAAAUAUGUGAGUGGCGAAGGCAAAUCGAUUUGCUAGGAGAAAACAAAGUUCGAACUGCUCGCUACAACAAAGUUCCGAAUUCAGGAGAACUAGAACAAGAGCUAGAAUUACAACUUCUCGAACAACUUCUUCUCGUCGUUCUCAUUAUUGGACGUUGGCUCCUGCCUAAAGGAGACAUAAGUCGUGAACAACUUUCGCAGAUUCUUCUCGCAUAUUUAGCAAUUUCUUCGGACAUUGUAGAGUUUUUUGAUGUCUUCAAAGAGAAACCAGUUUAUAACAAUAUCAGCGUUCAACGAAUUGUACUUGCGGCUUGGACACUCAGCCUAUUGCAAUUUCCCUUUGUACUCACAGUUAGUAGAGCGAGAAAAAUGCGGGUCGCUAUAACAAAGACGUAUGAAGAACUUAUGCUGCCCAGAAGACCACAAACCUUUUGGGAGAUAUUCCACGAUGUUGACUUAUGGGCAAUUGUGCUUGCUAAUUCUCUACAAGAUAUUCCAUUCCUGCUCGUUCGUCUAUACCUAAUGCUCCAAUAUGGCCUCAUUACUUAUACAAUGAUUUUUUUCACAUGUAAAAAUGCACUCAUCAUUGCAUUGCAAACAUACAGGGCUUUCGUCCUACUUAAUGAUCGCUACAUUCACCCGAAGUCGCCAGCACUGGAUAUACUGGAACCUCACCACAUGCACCAUAUUCAUAACCAUCCAAGAAAGCCCACAGGAACGAAGAAAAAACCUCGUAAACGGAAAAUGAAACGUGGUAAAAGCGAAGAACGUCAACAUCUAUUCAGUCCCAAUCGAGAACGACGACUGAAUCGUCGUAAAAUGGACAUAUUGGAAGAAACAACAGCAUAA